CUUCCUGCCGAAGCGAAUGUGGACAAUCGGCGCCCUAUCCGCCGCAGCCGUCCGCUUGCCAGCUUGCGGCUCGAAGCCCUCGAGCUCACGAGGCUCGCCGAUCGUAAUGGCUACGAUGCAGGCGGAGCAGGUUGCGGUUGGCGACGAUUUUCCAAACGUGCCGAUCACGCUUGUGACGGACGGCUGCGCUGCCGAGGACAAUUGCCCACUCCUCGACUCGUCCACCGACCUCUUCAGCAGCGGGCGCAACGUGCUGGUCGGCAUGCCCGGCGCCUUCACUCCGACCUGUACCGACGAGCACCUUCCCGGCUACAUCCGCGGCGCCGGCAAGUUCCGCUCUCUCGGCGUCUCGACCGUGGCGGUCGUGACGACCAACGACCGCUUCCUGCUGACGGCGUGGAAGCGUGCGAUGAGCGCGUGCCUCCGUGCAGAGGGCAAGGCGUCCCUGGACGGCAUGGUCUCGAUGCUGGCGGACAAGGACGCGGACCUGAUUAAGGCGCUCGGCGUGGCAUACAACAGCAAGCUGGACACCAAGGCGAACAAGUUCUUCCAACUCAACGCGGGGAUCCGCUCCAAGCGCUUCGCGCUCGUCGUCGAGGAGGGGCGAGUCGCGCACGUCGCCGUGGACGAGGGCGAGACGGACCUGGACGCAACUUCCGCAGAGUCUAUCCUGGCCUGGCUGGAGGAGCGCGGCCGCGCCUCGCGGCCGAGCAAGACGCGGAGCGCGCUGCAGCCGACGCUGGAGGCGGAGGGGCCGGGCAAGGCCGCCUGGGGCGCCGCGCUCGUCGCCAGCCUCGUCGGCCUCGUCGCCAGCCAGGAGGGGGUGGUGGCGGGGGGCGGCGUGAGCUUCAGGGAGCUGGUCGAAGGCCUCUUUUGAGAGCCCCGCGUACCCCGGCGCCGCGCGCUCCUGCCGUCCACACGUGAGCGCGCGCCUCUCAAGCCCUAGUCUCUAAGCCCUGUCGCACAGACCCGCGAGCGUCGUGCGAUCUGGCUCCGCAUGUGAGAAUGCUCUCUCGGCGGGCCACGGCGGGCCGCACUGUCUGCCGUGGACCGCACAACGGGGAGAGAUCGGAUUUCUCCCUGGCCCCGCGCUCACCGAGCCGCUCUGGUCUCCGCGCGCGAGUGCGCGCGCACGCAUGUGCGCUACGUGUGAAUUAUUUAAAGGGACGUCUGAACCCUUAUAAG